CGCGCGUAUAGGCGAGUGCUGAGUGUGGAGAUGUGUGUAUAAGGUAUAUAUAUGCGAGACGGAUAUAGAUAGAUAGACAACAUGGGCGUAUGCCGUAUCUCCCCAAUCGAGAGGGUCGAGCAUGUAGGUGAUUCCUCAUCUGGGAUCAACGGCCAGGCGGGCGUGUCAUGGAUGGGGAUGGGGUGGUGGCCCGGACGCCGCCGAGAUAUUCGCCGUCCCGCCCCUUAGCUUCGAUAACGCCCCUUUCCUUGGUUGUGUCGAGCGGCCUUAUUUGGCCCAGUUGCUUACCGUCCCGCGCGGGUGCUCGUCCCGUCUCACCCUGCAAGAUAUGUAUGGUAGGUAUUAUCCCCAGACCGCCCCAAACUCGUUUACCCCGGAUUGAUCUUCGCCCAGGAAAAGGCAAAAUGAAGAAUCAGGUACGUAGCUCCGGAUACAUGGAGCGAGCAUCACCACGUCCGUGCCGGCUUUUCUCCUCUCCUGCCACUCUUUCAUUCUAUAUCGCCUUCUGCACCGACCGACACUCAGCAUUGGCCGUGCAAAGCCGGCGUGCACAGUUCCCGUGCAUGUAUGUAUGUACAUACAGGCGGACGCGCAGAGAUGCAGAGAUGCAGAAAUGCAGACGGCAUGCACGCGGCCAAAACUGCGGGGGAUGGAUGGAUAGGCAUUAUGUUUGCUUGCAGAAAGGCAGGCACCGCACGAGUCGCUCCCGUCCGCCUAAGUGUUUGUGUGUGACGUGCGAUAGAGGUGUAGGUUUCCGCCUUUUCGUUCUGCCCCUUCCUUCUGUUCGAGUGUUGUAGUAGUAUGCUCAAUACACGGCCAAACCGCUUCCCUCUUUUUUAUUCCCAGGUUGUCGCCUCGCCCGAGUGUGUCGAAAGUCGACGGCCACAUGGCGGACGCAUUCGGCCCCAGAAAGGCUGACUUCCCCGCGGGCGCUUCCCAGUCUGGGCAUAGGUAUGGUGGGUGGCUAGGCAUGUGCAUCAUCAGGCAGUUCGGAUCCCUCCCCUCAGGAGAGGGGUAUGUACCACAGCGUUUCCUGUUGCAGUUGGC